AUGCUUGGGUGUGCUGUCUACGUGUCCGAAAUCGAUGGUCUCUGUCCAAAGGAAGGUCUUAGUCUGUGCCUAUGCGUGAAUUCUUACGCCUACUUGACGAUGGCGGGAUGUCUAGGUGACAGCAGUUCAGAACCAAAUGCUACCAUGGCCGCCUUCAUUGAUUACUGUGGUUCCCAUGGUAGAGACCUAAACAUGGAUACCCUCUACUCUGCAUACGCACAAUAUACUCGCCUUGCAACUCCAGUGGCUGCGAACCAGUCACUUUCGGCGCCUGUCAGGCUUAACAAGACCGAGAUUGCAUUGUACAGACAGGCGUAUGAAGUCUUGUACUGCAACAAGGACAAGUCAAUAUAUUAUGGAUUAGUGCUCGUGGCAUAUUGGCUAGCUGUCUUUUUCGUUGCUGGUGCUUGCAACUUAUUUGUGGCACUUUUUCCGUCGUCAAGGCUUUGGUUCAAUGGGAAGGUAUCUCUAGCAAUUCGUCGCUAUUUUACAUUACCUCCGAUCCACAAGAGUCGCCUACUUUCCAAGAAGUCCCUUGGGUUCAUCCACUAUUAUACCCCCUCGAGAUUAGAGUCAUUUAUCUUGAUAGGAUUCGUGGGCCUCACUACUGGUCUAUGCUUUGUUGGCUACAGGUGCGUGGAAGGCGAUCCUCUUCAUCUCACAGAUAGUAUUGCCAUGGCCCAUUAUGCCGCUAAUAGAACUGGAAUCAUGUCUGCGGUCUUGGUUCCAUUGGUUGUUCUCCUCGCCGAACGAAACUCGUUGCUACAAAUGAUCACCAAGUGGAACCAUGCGACUUUCUUGCUUUAUCAUCGCUGGAUAGCCAGAGUUACUUUGAUCCUCGUGGUGGCACAUACAGCUUUAGCCAUUGUUAAGGUCUCCCUUUCAGGUGUAUUCCUUGAGUCCAUUUGCCAGACGUACUUGAUUUGGGGUACUGUUGGGACAGUGGUAGGAUUCUUCCUUUUCAUCCACAGUCUCUUAUGGCUCCGCAGGAAAUGGUAUGAAUUGUUCUACACAUUACACGUUGUCUUCGGAGUCAUUUUCCUUGUGUCCUCUUGGGUGCACUUGGCCAAGUUGGGUUAUCUGUUCUUAAUGCUCAUUGCAAUUGUCAUCUGGAUCGUUGAAAGAUUCAUCAGAUGGGUGAGAAUUCUUUCCUUCGGAUUCCCCAUUGCAACCGUGACACUCUGCGCCGAUGAAACUCUCCGUGUGGAAAUCCCAAGGCCAAAAUACUGGAAACCUAUUUCCGGUGGACAUGGGUGGCUAACGUUUGGCAGCCAUUUCUGGCAGUCGCACCCAUUCACUCUCUUUGAGUCAGUUAAUAAAGAAGACACCAUCGUGUUCCUAACUGCGGUCAAGCUGGGAAUCACUAAGAAAAUGGCAGAAAAAAUCAAAGCAGCAAAUGGAGAAAGUAUGAGAAUGAGAGUUACUGUGGAGGGUCCAUACGGUGAAUCUACUCCCAGCAAAUAUCAUGACAGCGCAGUCUUCAUCGCAGGAGGAAACGGAUUCCCUGGUAUUUUCUCCGAGGUUUAUGAUUUAGCAAAGAAGACACAGCACUCUCUGCAGAAGUUGAAGUUCUACUGGAUAAUAAGAGAUUUGAAGUCUCUUUCAUGGACACAUAACGAGUUAAAAGCUCUUGCAAAAACAAAAAUCGAUGCAACUAUCUACGUGACCCGGCCAGUGAACUUUGCAAAAGAAGCUGAUUCAGAUUCAGAUGAGCUCAGUGAUGAGAAAAGUGUUGGACCCGACAUUUGGACUAUCAUCUGUCAAUCCUUUCCUCACAUACAGUUUAAACAAGGAAGAGCUAGUAUCCAUCAAUUGGUGGAUAGAGAGGUGGAAGAAUGCAUGAACAGCAUUGCAUUCAUCAGUUGCGGUCACCCUGGAAUGGUCGACGAGCUUCGCCGUGCUGUGGUGAAGAAGUUGGGUAAUACGGAUAAAAGAGUUGACUGCUUUGAGCAGUUGCAGUCAUGGGCAUGA